UUUGAACAUUUUUGGAGCAUGUUUUGAAUACUUCCCCCUGUAGGGGGACAGGCCCGACCUAACAGCAGGUUGCCUGUCUGUGUCCUGGGCCACCCCGCAAGCGUCGCUGGCCUACGCCGCGAUGGGAGGCCUCUCGGUGGACCCUUGGGGGCUGCUUCGUGGAGGCAGAUGCCAUGGCGGGCAGGCCCUGGCAUAUGCCACCGUCUGUGUCACGGAGGAGGAGCACUUCCUGGCGAAUUGUCUCGCAAGCAUCUGCGCCUUGUUGGCGACCACCGACCCCGACUGCGUGGUUGCCAUCGUCAGCAGAUGGGUAUACCGGGCAGCUCGGGACCUGCUGCUGCUCAACGGCGCGUCAAGGGGGGACUGCAACGUAAACGUGGAUGGAUGCGUUUCAAGCGUUCGUCACCCCCCUGCUCCUUAUUGUUCGUUGUCUUGCACUUCCUCAUAAUCCUUCUCGCC